AGAGGAAGUGAGCAGAAGCCCUGCCUUCCACCUCCAGACCGGAACCUGUCUCUGCUGGGAACCUGGCCGCCCUCUGAGCUAGUAGGCUCCGUUUCCUGGUGUGAAAAGAAGCAGCCGCCCAGGACCAGCCCACGGGAUGGUGCUUUCCUUGUUAUGACGAGGUAAUCUAGGCCCAGAGCCUUGCCUGUCAGGGAAGGCAAGGGAGAAGAUGGAGUCGGAGCCCAUCUACAACCUGCUGCAGCUCCCAAAGGAGGUGGCUCAGCCCACGGAGGAGGAGCUCCCACGAGGAGGAAAGAAGAAAUACCUGUCCCCCAUUUCCCGGAGGGACCCCAAGUUUGAAGAACUGCAGAAGGUGCUGAUGGAAUGGAUCAACACCACACUCUUGCCAGAGCACAUUGUGGUCCGCAGCCUGGAGGAGGACAUGUUUGAUGGGCUCAUUCUGCAUCACCUGUUCCAGAAGCUGUCAGCUGUCAAGCUCGAAGUGGAGGAAAUCUCUCUGACCUCAGCCAGCCAGAAGCGCAAGCUGGGAGUCAUCCUGGAGGCCAUCAACCGGAGCCUGCAGGUUGAAGAGCAGCAGGCCAAGUGGAGUGUGGAGACCAUCUUCAACAAGGACCUGCUGGCCACCUUACAUCUCCUGGUGGCCCUGGCCAAACGCUUCCAGCCGGACCUGCCCCUCCCAUCCAACGUGCAGGUGGAAGUCAUUCACGUUGAGAGUACCAAGACAGGCCUGAAGUCAGACAAGCUGGUGGAGCAGCUCACAGAGUAUAACUCACACAAGGAGCAGCCUUCACAGGACGCCUUUGAUGAAUUAUUUAAGCUGGCUCCAGAGAAAGUGCAUGCCGUCAAAGAGGCCAUCGUGAGCUUUGUCAACCAGAAGCUGGAGGGCCUGGGCCUGUCUGUGCAGAGUCUGGACACCCAGUUUGCAGAUGGAGUCAUCCUGCUCCUGCUGAUUGGACAGCUGGAAGGCUUCUUCUUGCAUCUGAAGGAAUUCUAUCUCACUCCCAGCUCUCCCACAGAAAUGCUGCACAACGUCACCCUAGCCUUGGAACUGCUCAAGGAUGAAGGCCUUCUCAGCCACCCUGUCAACCCUGAAGAUAUUGUGAACAAGGAUCCCAAGAGCACACUGCGGAUACUCUACAGCCUAUUCCAGAAGCAUGCGUUGAGGGCAGAGGGCGACAGGGCACGCCAUGGUACCCCAAACUAGCCACCUCUGCCUCCCCACGCCAUUUCUCAGGACCUGCCACGUUUGGAGGACCCAGCAGUCCCAUUUCCUUGUUGCUGUGGGUUGGUCACCAUGCUUCCUUCUCACAUCUGUCCUGCUUACAAAUGGGCUAAUACCUUUGACCUCACCAGAUGGGGAACUGUUUUGAUCCCAUCUCUGCUUUGCUCAGUUUAGUUUGACAGAAUUGUAUUUCUGUGGGGAAGGGGGUCUCUGAGUGCCUGUGGAGUCCUGGCUGAGCCUUUAACUCUGGUGUAAGUUAAUGGCCGCCCAGCCCCCACAAACAUGGCCUCCCCAGUCAGAGGCUCUUUGGCAUCAAGGCUGACGGCCUCUGGCCACAGCCUCAGUGUAGUCAGUUCCUGUCAGUCUUCCUCCUACUUGGGGCAAUUAGCUCAGGAUUGCCAAAGACCGGAGCCCCCCAUGAGAGGAGAAAUGAAUUCAGUUUCUUGUCAGAGGACCCUGGCCAGGCUAUCCCUACAACUGCAGCCCUGAGCUUUACCCUGAGCCCCAGAAAAGAGAGCCUGUAGUUGGUUCUUGGGUUCAAGUUAUUUGCUGGUCUGUCUCCAGACAGCCAUGAGAAUUCUGUCCCGUGAGACUUAGUGUCUUCUGCAAAGAGAGAGAAACAGCUGAAGAAUUGAGCUGGGUCCAUCCAGGCUGGAGGAGAAGCUGGAGGCAGCGGCGGGGGAGAUGCAAAGCAUAGGGGCUACAGAGAGAGAGGGGUGUAGUGACUCAGUGGUUCAGGGAUGUGGAGAGGCCAGGCCAGCUGUCACUCCUCCGGACUUUUCCCUGAGUGCCUAGCUCCAGUCCCCUGGGAUUCCCCAGUCUUCUAUGUUUGGGGGUGUACAGUCAAACACUUUUGCCUUGAGGGGACUUUGGAGCAGAGUCUGGUCAGGACAGGCCAGCUCUACCAGGACAGUGGGUGGAGCUGGGUGACCUGGGGCUCCUGUGUCUGAUGUGAGGAGGCCAGAGGCCUCUCUACCCAGCUCCAGUCCACCUGUCCCUUUGCCUGCUCUGUAGGCCACUCAUAAGUCCUAGAGGGUCCCAUCACAUAUCUCCUCUGUCCUGCUGCCCCUGAGACAUGUCCCUCUCCCGUUGUUGGGGCAUCCUCACAGAAGCAAGGAGGGGGUGGGGCAGCUGCCUCUACCUGCUCUUGGCUCCCUCCCUCCUGCUUCCUAGCCUAUUUGCCCAUCUGGCUCCCCAAUGUCCUCACUUCAUGCCCUUACCUCCUGUCUGAUAGCAAAUUGAAAUCAUAAUGAGAAUCGUUUUUGUAACUUUAUUGAGGAAUAAAUAACAUUUCCCAGCUUAAA